AUGAUAAUAUUUUUCCCAUUUUUGGGAUUCCUUUUUACAGUCCUCACUAAAUUAUUAGUGUAUGAAUAAUCAUUUUAUAAUAUUUUGUCAGGUAUAUGCAUUAUUAAUAAAAGAUUGGAUUGAUAAUAAGAGUAAUUAAAACAUGUAGGUUGAUGGUUCAAAUAAUACAAUUAUUCCUGAAACACCUAAUUUAGAUGUCAAUACUAUGAUAUAAAGAUUAUUUUAAUUUCCUCCACAUAAUUAGCUUUUUAUAGAUAUAACUAUUAUUCUAAAUAAUUCGUUUGAUUUAGUUGUGUAGAUAGACAAUGGGAAAUAUUACACACUUGUUGAAAAAAAUGCAUUGAGUUCUGAGGCAAAUGGUAAAUUUAGCUUGGUUCAUUUGAAUGAAGUUGAUGUUAUCACAAUAUCGGCAUAACAAAAUCCAUCGCAUGCAUCUGCUUUCCACUGGGCAUUAAAAUAAAUAUCAAUAUAUAUCGAAGAAUGUCCAGCGACUUGCAGGUACUGCCCAGAUCUUUAUGGAAUCGAUGCUUGUUCUCAAAUUUCAGCACUUUUUCCAUUUUAAGGAUUGUAUUCUAAUGAAGCAAAUAAUUGGAAAAUUACACCAAAUAUACAGAAUUCUUAUACUCUCAAUCUAAUCUCUAAAGGUAUUCAAAAAUUAUCUAAAUAGAAAAUGUUAUUUUCUACAAUCCUGUUUUUUCUAAUUACUAAUUAUGGCUUCAAAGAACUGUUAGCAUUCCAAGUAACUAUGGAACUCAUAUUAAAUUUAAGCUUGUAUUUUAAGAAUAAGAGGUUUCUUACAUAAAGAUACAGAUAAAUAAUAAUAUCUAUUUCUUAUUUAAUACUUAAGUAGUGAAAAUGAUGAUAUCAACAAAUACUUAUCCAUUAUGGAGUACUAAUAGAUAUUAUCAUUUCUAUUAAGUAUCAAUUAGUAACUCUGACUUCAAUAUUCAAAUUAAAAAUAUUCAAGUAACUAUCGUUUAUUAGAAUAAUAACAAUUCCCCUUUUAGCAUUUAAGAUUUUAAUAUUUAUUAUAAAAAAUUAGAGGCCUAUUGGAUAGACGAACUUCAAGGUUGUUUAACGAUUUUAUUUAAUAAAUGCCUAUAAUGUUAAGAAGGUUGGUAUUUUAGAAAUGAUGAAUAAAUAUGUGUUCCCUAAUGUGGGGAUUCAGUAAUAUAAAGCUAGGAGGAUUGCGAUGAUGGAAAUACUGAAGCAUUUGAUGGUUGCUUUAAUUGUAAAUUCUAAUGUGCUAAAAAUUGUCAAUAAUGUGUAUUUGGAGAGUGCUUACUGAUGGAGGAAUAAAAAUAGGAAAUAAUUAAAAUAGAAAAGGAUUGCUAGGAAACUGGUUACAUUUCAAGAAUAGGAUAUUAUUAUGAUAUAUAAUUGAAUGAUUGUUAACCUAUUUGCGGAGAUGGAAUAGUAACCAUGCACGAAGAUUGCGAUGAUUAAAAUGAAACUCCUUAUGAUGGCUGUUUUAAUUGUCAGUUUUCUUGUCCAACCAAUUGUCUUUUUUGUGAAUUUGGUAGAUGCAUAUAUUGUACAGUUGGAUACGAUUUGUAAAGAGAUAGAUGCUAACCUUUAUGUGGAGAUUCUAACGUUUUAGAAUAAGAAACUUGUGAUGAUGGUAACGAUCUUCGAUUCGAUGGAUGUCAUAACUGUGAGAGUAGUUGCUAAUUAGAAUGUACAAUUUGUUAAAAUACAUAAUGUUUUUAAUGUCUAGAUGGUUGGACUUUAGAAGAGGGGAUGUGUUAAUAAGUGUGUGGGGAUUCAAAAGUGGCAGCUUCAUCAUAUGAAUUAUGUGAUGAUCCAUCUGAUAUUAAUUGUGUUUAGUGCCUUUACUAAUGCUCUGAAAAUUGUUAAAAAUGUGAUGUACCACUUUCUUGCAAUCUUUGUGAGGACACUUAUACAUUGAUAAAUGGCUAAUGCAAAUCGGUUUGCGGAGAUAAGUAGGUAAACCCACUUUAUGAGGAAUGCGAUGAUGGUAAUGAUAUUCCAUUUGAUGGAUGUCAUUAUUGUUUGUUAUCAUGUUCUUUCGGCUGUAUGACAUGUGAAGAGAACAAUGUUUGUAAAUAGUGCGAUCCAACAAGCUACUUUUUAAAUUCAACGACUGCCUUAUGUCAAGAAAUUCCCUAAGAAAUUAAUGAAGGAGAAGAAGAAGAAGAAGAAGUUAAGGAGGAAGUCAAGACAGAAGAGAUAUUAUGUAAUGAAAAUUUUAUACUAAUUAAUGGAAAAUGUGAAAGCAUGUGUGGUAACGGAAUGCUGGCUAGCUUAUAUGAGGAAUGCGAUGACAAUAACAUGAAUAGUGGAGAUGGCUGUUCAUCGUAUUGUAAAUUGGAGGAUUCUUUUAUUUGUUUAAAUACAGAGGACUCAUUCAGUAUAUGCUCAUUCAUCAUCCUACCAAAUUUCAAUCUUCGAUCUUUGAGUGAUGCUAAAGAAUAAACACAAAUCAUUGAGUUAACCUUCACUGAAAAAGUCAAAAUGUUCUAAGAUACUGUUCUUGAAGAUAUAUGCAAAUUUACUAUUACACCUUAAGCUGAAUAUGAGAUGAAGAUUGUUCCUGUAACUAAUUUAACCACUAUGUUAAGCAAUCCUAAAUAUUAAAUUAAAAUUCUGUUUUAACAACCAAUCUAAAACCCUAUGCUUUAGAUUAGCAUUGCUAAACAAUAAAUUUUUAAUGAUAAUGAAAUGGAGUUAAAAUAAUUGGAAAAAAUAAUUAGUUUAGGGAGUCCUUUUGUGAUGUCUAAAGAAAGCAAAGAAUAUGUCACUUCUAUUGUUAAAAUGAAUGAUGCUAUGAUGUAUACUACGAUUGCUAUAUCUGGCUUUGCUCUAUUAACAGGAACUCCAGCCAUGUUAUUCAAUCUAAUAGAUUUACUAUAACAGCUUUCUUACAUUCGAUUUAUGUAAUAUAAAUUUCCAUCUCAUCUGCGCUAGUUUCUUGAGAGUUAUACAAAGAUUUCCUUAAAACCUGUAUUAGAUUACUUUUAAUUAGAUUAAAUUUUGGCUAAUCUAAAUGGGGGUUAAUUACCUUUUCAACCUAGAAAAAACUUACCCUCCAGUUCAGCGGAUCCUUUAAAUCAGUUUUAUAUUAUGAAUGCUAAAAGUUGUUACUUUUCACUGAUUGCUUCUUUUUUGUCCUAUAUAGUAUGCCUCAUAAUCUCUAAAACAAGUGCCUUAAACUAUUUUAAUAAAGUUAUCAGUCAAAAAGGAAUGAAAUUAAAGAAUUUAACUAAAGUCUUUUAAAUGUAUCAUAACUUAUAAAUAACAUGCAUUAAAUUCAGGAAUUAAUACUUUUAUUCUGGAUUGUUUCAGGUCUACUACACAAUUAUGCAUUAAUUUUUAUUUAGUGCAUUCCUCUAAUUUCCUAAUUAUACUUUUGCAUCAUUAUUUGAGACCAUUAAUUCAUUAAAUGCAAUACUAGCGUUAGGUUUCAUUUUAUUUGUAGAAUUCUAAUAAUUUAUUAUUACUACAGGAACUAUAAAGAAUAUAAAUGAUUGGAAAUUCUUUUUUGAUGGGAUAAACUAAAGGUUUUGGUCUUAAAUUUUAAAACCUAUUUAAAUGUUAAAGAUAACAACAUAUAUUUUUUCAAUUGUAUUUUUAAUGGAUUAUCCUGAAGCACAAUCAUUUGUUUUAUCAGCUUAAUCUAGUUUUUAUGUGGUGUAUUUGAUAGUAUUCAAGCCAAUAGAUAUUGGUUUUGAGUAUUUUAAAUUAGUCUCACGAGAAGUACUUUUCAUUUCUACAAUUUGUUCUUUCUAUGUUUAUAGCUAUGAUUUAGAUGACGAAAAAAUGUUAUUACUUGGUUGGGUACAUAUAGCAAUGUUCACUUCUAUAUUAGGCUCUAAUUUACUUCUUGAUAUUGGUAAAUACGUUAAAGUAGCAUAUAAUAACAUCCAGAUAAAAAAGCUAAAAGUUGAGAGACGAUUGAAUUAUCAAUAUCAGAAUAAUUAUUUGCACUAAUUCAUAAUGGUAGAAUAUGCAUAACAAGCUAGAUUAACAACAUGA